AUGUCACGAAGUUUAUUGGUCACCAUCCUGGCGUUCCUCGGUGUCGCUGCAACUCAGGCAUUUGUCGUCCCACAGCCAAAAUGCCAAUCUGCUCUUCGGCAGCAACCUCUCAGCAUGGUCAGACGAUCAUCAGAAGAAUAUCUGUCGUCCUUUCUCGGACUGGAUGGAAAGGUUGCUCUUGUGACGGGAUCCACAGGAGGCCUUGGUAGGUCGAUUGCGGAAACCCUCCUUCAAGCUGGUUGCACAGUAUUCAUCAAUGGGAGGAAACUAAAAUCUACCCAACAGGCUGUCGACGAAAUUGCCAAGCUGGUGGAAGACGAGGGCCGAGUGUUUGCGGCUGCAGGAGAUACCUCCGACGUCAAAGAUACCUGUGCCAUUGUCGAAGAAAUCAAGUCCAAAGUUGGAAAACUUGAUAUUUUGGUCAACAAUGCUGGAAUUAACUUACCAGAAGCUCCUUUUGAAGAACAGUAUUCUCCUGAUUCAUGGGGAAGUAUCAACAAGGUCAACAUUGAAGGCCCGAUGAACAUGUCAAAGGAAACCUUGCCGCUGUUGAAAAAGUCCCCAGCUGGUCGGAUCAUUAACGUCUCCAGCAUGAUUGGUCAUGUCGGAAAUGGAGACAAUUCUUUGUACUGCUUGACCAAGGGAGCCAUGCUUCUGUUUACCAAAUCGUUGGCUGCUGACAUGGCCGGAAAGAAAGACUCACGAAAUCUUACUGUCAACAGUGUUUCUCCUGGUAUCUUCAUGACGGAAAUGAAUGCCAAGUUUACAGAGGAAAAAGAGAAAUUGGCCUCUGUAGAAGCAACUGUACCCAUGAAGCGAUUGGGAAAACCAGAAGAGCUGGCAGGUGCUGUCUUGUAUUUGGCAUCCGAUGCGUCGUCCUACACUAUGGGAGCAGAUCUACUUGUCGAUGGUGGCUUUGUCGCUGUAUAA